CUCACUCCCUGACAAACAAUGUGCAGCACGCUACCGUUCGGAACGUUUCGUUGUUUCUCAUCGCUAAAUAUUUUCGUGAAUUGUCGAGCAGUGCUUUGAGAGAGAACGUGAGUGCGGACGUGCUCUGCUGAUCGUUGUGACAAUUAUUAUUACCGUGAAUAAACAAACACGCCCGCUCGAACGCUGCCGGGUAUUCUUACCACGAUCCGCGCACAUUAGAAAUCACUUUUUUAUCGCUGGUCUUGCAAAGAGUCGCUUGUCUUCCCUCAUUUAUUCUUGAAAACAUCUUCGGUGUGAAUUACUUGUUUCUUCAUUUCUUAGGGUGGAUUGGUUUCUUCUUCUUACUGUACUUCCAAGAACCUUAUCUCUAGUUCCUCGUCAAAUGUGUUUUACCAUGUAUUCAUUUCAAAACAACAGCUUGAACGGUGUAUAGUUUGAACGUAGAAAAGAUUAUUCUGUCUGGGAAUGCCAUAGAUUUCUUGUGUUCGUAUCCUUCCUAUUCGUGUUUUUUUUUCAACUUUCCGCCUUUGGAUUUAUCUUGGACAACUUCCUGGAUAUUUUUUCGACGUGUCACCCUCUCACGAGUCUUUGCUAAUUCUCUAUUACUCGCGUCAUUAAGUCGCAGGUAUCUGUCUCUGUGUAUUCGUUACUUGCGGGGAUUGAAAAUUGACAGAAUUAGUGCGCGCCGGCAUCGUAAGCGGAGUCACAGUAACCUCGUGGCGCGAAGUGCAGUAGUAUAGUAAGCGACACGAGGAUAGAGUGCGUUACUAGACGGAGAGAGAUAUAGAGAAAGGAGGAGAGUAGAGUAUAGUAAGAGAGAGCGAGUGAGAGGAAAAGACCGUUUGUGUUGAGAGUUAGUAGAGUUGGAGUAUAUAGCGUACCGGUAACGCAUAGUAGACGCGUGGCACGCGAAUGUCUGUAGUUGGAUGGGAUUUUGCGUUCUGGACUGGUCGUCCAGGAGUAGGACAGUGAGGUCAGGGAUGGAGACUCGAGUCGGAGUGUGCACCGGGUCAACCGAGGAGGCGCCACGAGGCGUCGGGACGCCCUCCCCCGUGCCUGCUCCUAUAUCCUCGGUCUCCGGUAACGUCCUCACGGCCGGUAUCGCAACGCAAAGCGUCGUCGUUUCCAGCCCACCGUCCUCCCAAUCCUCUGGACAUCCACAGCCACAUACCGUACCCAGGAUAUUCAGCAGGAACGCCAACGGCACCCUGGUGCAAACGUCGGUGCCUCAAAACGAAGCCGAACUACAAUUAUACAGGGUGAUGCAGCGCGCCUCUCUUCUAGGAUACUAUGACACUCUCCUGCAAAUGGGUGGCGAUGACGUUCAGCAAUUAUGCGAUGCCGGCGAGGAGGAGUUCCUGGAAAUAAUGGCGUUGGUCAAUAUGGCGAGCAAACCGCUUCACGUGAGAAGGCUUCAGAAAGCUCUUCAAGAAUGGCUCACCAAUCCUGCCUUGUUCCAGACACCGGUCGUUCCCCCGAAUGCAUCCUGCAAAACAUCAGUGGUUGGAUUCCCCUGCGUGAGUCCAAGACCGCAAGGAAAUCCCGCAGGAUUCACAACGACGUCCCAGACGCCGACGCCAUAUGCCGCGACGCAUGUACCACUCACCCCUUUACCUUGUCGUAGCGCUAGCCCAGUCGUACCACCUACGACUGUCAACGCACCAGUGGCUUCAUCCACUUUUCGUCACAGUCCCAGCCCUAACGCGCCCUUGCCUUAUACCGCUUCGAAUAGUCCUGGUGUAUUACAGGUGGGUACGUGCGAAUCUUCUUGUGGAAGUGGAACCACCCCUAGUCCAAGUGGCGGCGGUGCACCAGCCAGUCCUACUCAGCCUACGCCCACUCUACUGCAGUCCCAAGUUCAACGUCUCGCAGAAGCUGCCGAACGUCUUGCAGCUACUCUUCGACCUCUGGAUCCCAAGCCCCAUAAUGUCAAGAAGAAGAUCUGCAAGAAUCUUGAGAUGGUGAUGGCCAUGCCUGACAGUGAUCCACGAAGAAUGGAGGAAAUAAGGAAGUAUGCAGCGAUCUACGGGAGAUUCGAUUGCAAGAGGAAACCUGAGAAGCCAUUGACACUUCACGAGGUAUCCGUGAACGAAGCUGCUGCACAGAUUUGCAGAUUUGUACCUGCACUUCUAACUAGACGGGACGAGCUCUUCCCUCUGGCACGACGCGUUGUCCGGGAUUCCGGAUAUCACUACUCGAAAAGCCAGUACUUGUCGAUGACGAGGCCACGUGAAAAUGGCGACGAGAAUGAUGCCGAAAGAACGAAACGACGGCGUCUCGAGCUGGAGGGUGAGGGUGAGGACUCGACGCAGGCGGAGUUGGACCUUCGCUGUUCCGGCACGGACAUUAAUAGUUCCAGUAUAAGGAGACACGAAAGUUCAAGUCCAGUUUGGCGGAAGAAUAGUAAUGGUAUAUUCAGCACCAGCGUCGAGGAGAUCAGCGAUUCGGAUAGUCAGUUUUCAUUUUCAAACGAGGAAUCCUCGUCACUGCAUGACACAAAUGAGGCUGAGGCUGACAAUACUGAUAAGGAAAGUGAUUUCAAUCUAAAGGUUAUUGCGUCCCGCGGUGAUAACAUCAUUGCCGUUGCGAAUCCUGCAUUGAUGGAGUGUAACGCAGCUCUGCCAAUCAAGGAAGAACCUACGGACGAAAAGCCUACACUGUGAUACUACUACUAGAAUUGUGAAUGAUACAACUACGCAUGUUGCUAUAAUUGUUAGGACUAUGGUCGUCUUCUGUAUCAUUCUCAUUAUCAUCUUCAGUAUGGGCGUCUUAAUGGCCGUAGUAGUCGCCCUUAUAGAGAUCGUAUGUGUUAUGGAAUCGAUUCGCUGCUAAAAUUUGCUCAUUUACACGUCCUUUAUUUUACAAAGUUUAACCAAGGAAGCGAGAUGCAAUGUCAUCGCAAUCUGUUAUCUAGUUUUAGUGAAAUCUCGAUACGUAAUCGCGCUAUGAUUCCAUGUAAAGUAUAUAUUAUAUUAGGUAUCGAUAGGAAAUAAAAAAAGAGAAUGCAGCUAAAUCAAAAGAUAUAUUGACCGCGGAUGGAGGCAAUGCAUGUUUUAAACAUAAGAUGAUUGUAUAUACAAAAUGAAGGUCUUUUUUACUUAGGUUAGAUAGAUAUUUUAUUCAAACUACCCUCUUUGACGUAUUAUUUGUAUCAAUAUAAUUAUUAUGACUCGUUGAUUAUA